CAUUACUUUGUUUUCGUCUCUUUCAAGUCUUUGUCCCUGGUCGCUUACAAUUAUUCUAUAGUGAGUGGUCGGCGGUACGCGAGUUGCUGGAAUGGCCGCUGAGGAGAAUGCGGUGUUCACCGCUUUGGGCUUGAACCAGGCUGAAGUGCCCUAUCUGGGUACAUUGGACGUGAAUGAAACAGAGGAUGAGUUGGGUCGAGGCUCAUUUGCUGUGGUGUACAAGUCCAAAUGGUGUGGAUUGAAGGUGGCCGCAAAGGCACUUCAUUCUAUCCUGAUUGAUCGAAGAAACCAAGGACGCGACGUCGUACUGCAUGAUUUUGGAGCAGAGAUUGCACGCAUGGCACGUCUUCGCCACCCACAUCUGUGUCCCAUUUUCGGCGUGGGCAUGGUCGGAACAACUCCAGCCAUUGUGGUGGAAUUGAUGUCCGACACACUGGAAACAAUGAGCGUUGGUGCACGCAGACAGGACUUGCUUCAGCUGAUGCGCUACAUCGAACACACUGCUGCAGGUCUUCGCUACUUGCACUCCAUCCCGAUGGUGCAUCGCGACUUGAAGCCAAGCAAUGUCCUCGUUGCCAAUAGUGUGGCCAAAAUCACGGAUUUCGGCGUCUCCAAGCUACUGCCUAGCGUUGCCGAUCAGUUCCGUGAAGCCGCUCAGUCCAUGACCCGACAGCCUGGUACACCGUUAUUCAUGCCGCCAGAGGCGUUGCAAGAGACGGAAUCUGGCCGAGCAAGGUACGAUCUUUCGCUUGACGUCUUUUCGUUCGGAGUGACGGCAAUGAGCGUGCUGAGCGGUGUGAUGCCCUCCAUUGAGCUCAUGUUCGCACCAAGAUCGCGCCAGGCAGCUGACGGCAGCCACGUCGCUAUACCCGAGCUGGAGCGGCGACGCGCGGAGUUUGCUCGCAUCCCUGACGGCCACCCGCUGAAGGACCUGCUGAGACGCUGUCUUGCUGACCCACCGGCCCGUCGACCAGAUGCAGAGGAGAUUCACGAAUUCGUCCAGGGUGUUGUUCAGUUCGUGUCCUCAUUGCCGCAGACUGCAUCUCCACUGGAAGAAUCUCUGGGUGCUUCUGCAGGCAUCGUUACCACUAUACUCGACACUGUGAGAAGUGUGUCAACUGCCGUACGGGAUCUCUCCACAUCUCAGCAGCAACUAGGCACCAGGUUGGAUAAUCUCCAGCAGGAGGUCUCGGCUGAAGCUCGCACAACCAACGACAAGAUGGAUGAAAUACAACUGGAAGCCCGGACUGCCUAUGAACAAGUCGCACAGCUGAGCGACACAAUGGCGAGAGGUGAACAAGAUACAACUGCAGCAUGUGAACGCAUAGUGGAAAUGCAAAACCAGACCAACGCAACUGUCUGCCAACUACAGGAGCAAAGUGCUACAACCUCCAGAAGCAUUGGACAACUACUGGAGCAAAGUGCUACAAGUAUCACCAAUAUUGGUCAACUGCAACAGCACCAGCAAGACACUAGUGAUAAGCUUUCACGUGUCUCAGCAGCUGUUACCACCAUUCAACAAGGUGAACAAGAUACAACUGCAGCAUGUGAACGCAUAGUGGAAAUGCAAAACCAGACCAACACAACUGUCCGUCAACUACAGGAGCAAAGUGCUACAACUUCCACAAGCAUUGGACAACUACUGGAGCAAAGUGCUACAAGUACCACCAAUAUUGAUCAACUGCAACAGCACCAGCAGGACACUAGUGAUAAGCUUUCACGUGUCUCAGCAGCUGUUACCACUAUUCAACAAGGUGAACAAGAUACAACUGCAGCAUGUGAACGCAUAGUGGAAAUGCAAAACCAGACCAACACAACUGUCCGUCAACUACAGGAGCAAAGUGCUACAACCUCCACAAGCAUUGGACAAAUACUGGAGCAAAGUGCUACAACCUCCACAAGCAUUGGACAAAUACUGGAGCAGCAACAAGACACUAGUGAUAAGCUUUCACGUGUCUCAGCAGCUGUUACCACCAUUCAACAAGCUCAAUCUGACAUGCGCAGUGACUUGGAUGGAAAAAUCGGCGAUGUGCAGUCAUCAGUUACUACUGUACCAGCUACCGUGGAAGUCAUUGUCAAAAAGGUUGCUAUACAAAAUCACUAUAGGUCCAUCCACAAUAACUGUACAUCAUUUGGUAGCGAGGGUAAUGGCAGGGUGCAGCUCAAGAGUCCACGUGGUAUCACAAUCAGCAACGAUGGAAAGGUCUUUAUUGCUGAUUUCAACAAUCAUCGGGUGAAGAUCACCACACUGGAUGGUACAUACAUACGUGAUAUAGGCAAACAGGGCAGUGGUAAUGCCGAAUUCAAAUCGCCCACUGAUGUAGCUGUGGAUGGCGAUGGUGAUCUUGUGGUGGUUGACAAGAACAACAAGAGACUGCAGGUCCUACAUCAGGAUGGGUCUUACGUGAAAACGAUUGGUAACGGUGCUAUCGGUGACUCGUUUGGUGUUGCAGCACUGUCUCUGCCCCAGCAUGGUAUUUGUUAUGCUGUAACCGAUUUCAAUGACAGUUGUGUGAGAGUGUUUGAGAAAGGAGGAAGGCUGUUGAACAAGUUUGGUACUAAAGGAAGUGGACCAGGACAGUUCAACGUGCCAUGCGGUAUUAUCUCGUCCAACGGCAGAUUGCUGGUUGUGGAUCAGUACAAUCACCGUAUCCAGGUUUUCACUACUGAUGGAAACUUCAUUACCAUGUUCGGAUCAGAGGGAACGUCAGAUGGUCAGUUCAACUACCCUCGGUACAUUGCCGAGGAUAGGCAUGGACACGUCCUGGUCACUGAUGCUGCAAACCACCGUGUUCAAGUGUUCACUUCUGACACAUUCUCUCACGUGGCUACCUUCGGUUCAAGCAGUUGUCUUUCUGGUCCGGCCGGCAUUGCAGUAUCACCCAGUGGUACUGUGUAUGUUAGUAACUUUGACACACACUGUAUCACAAUGUUCUAACUGUUGUCCUGGAGCAUCUUGUUUCUUGUUCAACACUAAUGUUUCUCACUGCUGUGAAACAUGAACAGGACCAGUAUUAGUAGUUUUGUUUGGUCAGGCUUUACUUUAGUAUUUCAGUUUUUUGUGUGACACAUCGAGUAUGCAUAACCUUGCCAGUAGUUAACAUGUAUUGGGCAGGCCAACAGUAGAUCCAGCCAAGUCCUGACCGACUGUAGCAGUUCCAACAUGCCUGAUUAAGAUGAUGAACUGAUGAGCAUUGCCAAUUACUGUCUAUCAUACUUGCAUGAUUGAAUGUGUGCUUGCAUAUGUGUGUAUGUGUGUGUGCAUUUGUGUGUGUGUGUAUGUGUGUGUGUGUGCAUUCGUUUGUGUCUGUGUGUGUGACUAUCUAUGUACGUGGGAUAUGUGUGUGUGUGUGUGUGGGGUAUGAAUGUGUUUGUGUAUGCGUGUGUAUGUGUGUGUGUGUGUGUGUGUGUGUGUGUGUGUGUGUGUGUGUGUGUGUGUGUGUGUGUGUGUGUGUGCAUGUUUGUGUAUGCGUGUGUGUAUGCAUGCAUUUGCUUAUAAACUCCUGCACUGAGUUGUAUAUAUACAUUGUACUUGGAUCACUCUCAUUGUUACAAUCCUAUUCUCGAUGUGCAGAGGAUGAUUCUAUUGAUUGUGUUGGCUGGGUGCUCUUUAUCCUUUCUCUGAAAAUCUAUUGUAUUUCAGCAACAUGUCUCGCUGCUAAGUGUCGCAAUACAUCAUAACGUUUUUUAUGUCACUUUUGGAUACAAUGAAGAAUGUGCACAAUGUCUGAGGUGCUAUUUUCUUUCUAUCGUGUUUUGUGGUGCUUAGUGCUAAUAUCCAUAUUUUAGAAUUGUUUCAAAACGUUUUCAAUCCUGCUGCUCACCCUUGUUUGAUCUGAAGAGAUGGAGUAUUGAUAGUUG